AGGAUCUCACUCCCUCUCUCUGCAGUUAAAACUCAACAGCCGUGAGGAUCAGAGUCAGAUCACUCAGAACCGCCGGACUGUACCUCUCAGCUCACCUGGACCACAGGUGUGUGAUCAGCGGAGAUACGAGGUUAAAGGUGGCCGAUUCUUCGACUCGAACAGGCUCAAACCCAGUGGACAAAGGAUAAUUUUCGCACUUCUUCAAUCUGACUUCCGAAGUCCCUGUCUGACCAGGACUGAUCCACCCGUGAUCCAUCAUGUCGCUCUACAUCCAUCUCCUGGCCUGUGCUUUCGGCAUGGGCUCCUGGGUGGCCAUUAACGGACUGUGGGUGGAACUUCCACUAAUCGUUAACGUUCUACCUGAGGGAUGGAACUUACCUUCCUACCUGACGGUCAUCAUCCAGAUGGCCAAUCUCGGCCCUCUUCUAGUCACGGUGUCGCACAAACUGUGCCCAGGCCGGUUACGGGAAAAUCUCAUCAUUUACAUGGUGUUGACUGUAGGCGUUCUGGCGUGCAUCUUCCUGACAGCGUUCUGGAGGUACACCACAGUGCUCUUGGGCGAAUCGAGGAGUUCCGCCUUCUUCGUCCUCACGUUCUUCCUCGCUCUGGUGGACUGCACGUCCUCCGUCACCUUCAUGCCGUUCAUGAUGCAGCUUCCUGCCAAAUACAUCACUUCCUACUUUAUCGGAGAAGGACUAAGUGGCUUCUUGCCCGGGUUGGUAGCUUUGGCGCAAGGCGUCGGGAUGUCCAAGUGCGUCAACGUCUCUCAAACUACGAACGUCUCACAGCCUGGCGAGGAAACCUUUAGCGUUCAGACCCAGUACCUCCCGGCCAACUUCUCCACAGAGGGCUUCUUCUCCUUCCUGGUAGCCAUGAUGGUGGUGAGCCUCAUCGCUUUCGCUUUGCUAAACCGAGUUCCCAGAACCUACGAACUCUCCUCCAAACAUCUGGUGCCCAAAUCAGACGCAGUAAUAUCGGUCUCUGGGGGCGUGGACAACCCGGCGAUGAGCAAUCCAGAUCCCAAAGCAAAGACUCUGGAAGAUGAUGAGACAGAUCAGUCCAGUCCACUGAUGGUCAAGCCCUUCUAUUCCCGGUGGGAGCUGGUCUUCAUCUACGUCAUGGUGGUGUGGGUCAACGGCGCAACCAAUGGAGUCCUGCCGUCGGUGCAGACCUACUCCUGUAUGCCUUACGGGAAUCUGGCCUAUCACCUGGCGGCUGCUCUGGCGUUAGUUGCGAAUCCACUGGCCUGCAUCAUCGCCAUGUUCGCCCCCAAACGGUCGCUGGUGUUUCUGGGUAUUCUGUCUCUGCUGGGUAGUGUUUUUGGUGGAUACAACAUGGCCAUGGCAGCCAUGAGUCCCUGCCCAUUACUGCAGGGCACAACAGCAGGAGAAGCUAUAAUCGUGAUCUCGUGGGUCUUCUUCACUGGUCUGCUGUCCUAUGUGAAGGUGAUGGUGGGGGUGAUUCUGAGGGAUCAGAGUCACAUCGCUCUGGUGUUUUAUGGAGCAGCUCAGCAGCUCGGCUCUCUGGUGGGAUCCGUCACCAUGUUUCCCCUCGUCAGCGUUUAUCAUCUGUUCCAGUCUGGAGAUUUCUGCACCACCCAGUGCCCGUUAUCCCUCUGAUAUCAUUUUAUAUCCCAAUUUUAUAUCAUAUUUUCUUUAUUAACUCAUAACAUGAUCAGGAUGUAUCAUCAGAUAUUAAGGAAACAUGUUAAGUUUAAGCAGUGGCAGCUGUUGUCUGCAGAGUUUCAGCCAGUAUUUUAUUAUUAGAACUGUGCGGUAUAUCGCGGUAAUCUGUGCGGGAUUAAGCCUCCAAACCUGCCUAUCGCCAUCAUCAUUCCCCCUAUCCCAUUUCCACACUCCGUGUUGCCAGGUAUAGAACACAACAGCAGAGAAAAACAGUGUGCUAUAGCAGUGGAAACAGGCGAACUGGAUAUUUGGUAACACUUUACAAUACAUGUACAAUAAUUAACAGUACUAAACAGGACUGUAUUAGGACCUUAUUAUUGUUGUUAUAAUUUUACUUUUUACUUUGUGUCUUAUCGUUGUAUGCAAAGCAUUUUUGAGAAUUUUGAAAAGUGCUAUAUAAAUAAAAUGUAUUAUUAUUAUUAUUAUUAUUAUUAUUAUUAUUAUUAUUAUUAUUAUUAUUAUGGGUACAUUAAUUAACAGUACUUACGAUACAAUACCACUGUCUCAACUAAUUAUUAAAUAAAACUAGUUAAGACAUAAUUAAUAAUAUUGUCUCAAUUCAUCAUUAUUAACAAAAUUCUUAAGCAAUAAAAUGAUUAAAUUAAAUAGUAAUGAUUAAUAUUGUGUUAACUAGUGUCAACUAAUAAUUAGUGGAGACAUUACUUAACCAUUAAAUAAUAUUUAUUUUAGUACUGUUAUUUGUGACCCUUAUUGUAAAGUAUCGCUGCAUAUUUUUCUCCUGAACAGGUAAUCACUGAGCUUCAGUAAGGUUUCCAUUGUAAAAAUGUUAUAAUGUUAUAUUUAAAUCAAAUAAUAAUAAUGCACUUGAAUUAAUUGCAAAUAAUUAAAGUAUACUUUUUCUCUUUAUGUAUUUACAUAUUUUCUUAUCUAAUGUGUAUUUUUACUACACUUUGAAAAGUAUACUUUAUUUAGCUGUGCUAAUUUUGUACUUAAUUUCCUUAAUAAAAAUGUAUAUUUAGUAUUAUUUUAUAAAAUUGAGCUUUUUAUAAUAAAAAAUACAAUUUUACUGAAUGUGUCCCAUGAGCCUAUAUUUCUGCUAUAAAACUGUACUUCAGUCAAAGUUGUUACCAAAAAAAAUAUAUAUUUUUUAUCUUGCUCAGACUUUAAAACUUUACUUAGUGUAUAAGUAAAAUCCUUUUAACUAAUUUAAUUUUAAUGCUUGCAAUUAGAUAUCUUGCUUUAGUUUUUAUCAGUUUAUAUGUCAUUCCUAAAAUUGUAUGUGAUGUUAAAUGUAUACUUUAAUCACACUUUUAUAUUUUAUAUGUUUUUAUUGUUAAUUUGUACAGCUCACACAAAUAUACUUAAAUUAUGUAAAAAAAAAUAGCAAAAAUAACAUAUGACUGACUAAUUUACCAUCCAAUACUAAGAUUAAAAAGCAAAGCUUAACUUAUUUUAAUUAAAAAUAUAAAAUGUAACUAAUUAAAAUAUAAUAAUACGUAAUAGUAACCUGUAUCAGUAAUAAAAUGUAGAAAUAAGUUAUAUAAAAUCUAAAAUAAAUAGGAUAGGAAAAGUAAGGUUAGUAAAGCACUACUAACACAGCAGAAUAAAUAACUAAGUUUUAAAUUUGCUUUUUAAAAUGUCAUUAUUUUACCUCCUAUUUCUUAUAAUAAUGAAACAUUUUUAUUCUACUAUAUUUUUUAUGGUCAAGAUUUGUACUAUAUCAAUAUAUAUUUAUUUGCAGUUGGUUCUGUUGCUGUCAAUAUAAACCAGUGUACACUAACAUCACUGCUGAUAUGAAUUAAUCAGUAAACAUUUACCUGUAGUUGUUUAUAUUUAAUUAUGACAUUUGUUAAUACAAUUAUGAAUCUGACUAUGAAUAUUAAUUAAGAUAAUAAAUAAAAAAAUAAGACAUUAAACACAGCUCUUGAAAAAAACGAGAGACCACUUAAAAUUAUGAGUUUCUUUGAAUAUAAUCAAGAGGAAGAUGAAUGAUCACAAGCCAUCAAACCACCAAACUGAACUGCUUGAAUUUUUGCACCAGGAGUAAAGCAGCAUAAAGUUAUCCAAAAGCAGUGUGUAAGACUGGUGGAGACAUUACUUAACCAUUGAAUAAUAUUUAUUAAGUACUGUUAUUUGUGACCCUUAUUGUAAAGUAUUACUGGAUAUUUUUCUCCUGAACAGGUAAUUGUAACGCGUGAGCAGAAGGGAGGCGGACGUUUAAGCGGGUAAGACAUAACUUUUAAUAAAUAACAAAUAAACAAAUAAACAAACAGGGGAAUAACGAAUAUAAAUAUGUACAUAAACAAACAGGGAAAAC